AUGCACAGGAAAAGACGAGUCAGUCCAAAGACAGAGGCAAAACUGUAUGUUUCCACUAAAAGGGACAAAGCGGGACUCGAUGUCAAAUACAUCAACAGUUUUAAAGGUGAGUUGAAUCCUUUGAAAGUUUAAUCAUUCUAUAACUUUCUUUAAAUUCUCUCUCAUUUGUAUUUCUUAUGUGACCCAGGUCGGGGUAUCUUCACUUCUGCUCCUUUUGAAAAAGGAGAUUUUCUGUUAGAAUACAGAGGUGACCUAAUAAGUCAGCAAGAAUGUGAAAGGAGACUACACCUAUACCAUGACCACCUGAAGGCAUUCAUGUUCGAAUUUCGUUAUAAUGGAAAACUGUGGUGGUGCGUAUUGUUUCAUUGGGUUUUUAUUUGAUCAAAGUUACACUUCUUUUCUAAUGUGCUGAGCAUACAGAUAUAUUUUUAAGGAAAGCCCUUGUGUUACCUCUAUUAAACUACCAAGGUAGAUCAAAUUAGACACUUACGUUGUUAUUUCUGUUUUUAUAGUGUUGAUGCAGCACAAGAGGAUGGGUCACUUGGUAGACUUGUGAAUGAUGACCAUAAGGCCCCUAAUGCCAAAAUGAAGUACUUACACAUGGAGGGAAAGCCUCAUCUGUGUCUGUUUGCAGCUCGAGACAUUAGCCCAGGAGAAGAAAUAACUUAUAACUAUGGUGAUUCAGACUGGCCAUGGAGGCACAAGGUGUUAAUUUUCUUUCUUUGGAAAACUUAAUAUGUCCCUGUUUAAUUUGUAUUAGUGUAUUUAGUCUUAACGCUAACUUUUUUUUGCCAAAUAAAAGGGCUGAGAUUGACAAUCUAACUGAUUUAAACAGAGUAAACUGAGUCAAGUUAAACACAUGACAAUAGCUGUUGUCAAACAGUUUUUAAAGCUUUGAUUUAAGAUGAACUAAUUAAGUUUAGUAAAAAAUAAACAAAAUUACUACAAACAAAAAAAAAAUUCAGAAAAAUAGCUGUAAUGCCUCCCUCAAAGGGAAAUUUAAGGAAAAAAACUUUCAUAAUGACAUCUCCUCUAUCUUCUUGCAGAGGCUUGAUGAGGACAAGCCUCAGAAUGUGUCCAAAGUUACAGAUUCACAGUCUACAGCUGCAGAUGCUAAAGAGGUAAACUGUCAUAAAAACUGUAUUUGGUUAUAUUUAGGCUAGUCUGUCUCACAAAGUUUACCAGGACAAUUAAAUCAAAGUUGUCUCACUGUAAUCAUGUCAGCACUAUAAUUGCUUGAUUAAAAAAUGCACAAGUUUCCAUUCUGAGUUAUCUUUGUUUGUACCUGUCAAUUAAUUUGAUCUAGAUGUUGAUGCUGGAGACUAAGGGUAACUUGAUCAAAACUUCACUGAGCUUUCCAAUCCAGACACUGAAAAGUCCUGCAAGGGGUCCACCCAACCAACAUGAGGAGGUGAGUUUAAACCUGCUGCAGAGCUUUUUGAUACCCAAUGAUGUCCACAUCAGUCUCCUGAUUAUCUUAAAUAGAGCAUAAUGUAGAACGUCAGAUCAGGACAUAACCAAGCAUGUUUCUGUAAAUUAAAAUAAUUAUAUGAAAUGAAGUUGUGUAUGCUUAUGCCAGGAAAUUUCAUUUUUAUAUUUGAAACUAAGAGUAGAAUCUCAGCAUCUUCUCUGAAAAUCAAAAAAUCACAAGAUCUUCCUCUUAAAUGUUUCCAAUCAGAGCCUUAAUGAGGAAAGGUCUCAGAGAGUGUCUAAAGUUACAGAUCUAGAGUCUACAGCUGCAGGAGCUAAAGAGGUAAACUGUUGUAAUUUUUUAUUUUUUUAAAUCGUAACAGUAUGAUUGCUUUUUUCAAAAGAACAAGUUUCCAUUCUGACUUGCCUUUGUUUGUACUUGUUAACUAAUUUGAUCUAGAUGUUGAUGCAAGAGACUGAGAGCAACUUGACUCCAAUAUCACUGAGCUUCCCAAACCAGACCCUGAAAAGUCCUGCAAUGGCUCCCCUCAAUCAACAUGAGGAGGUGAGAUUAAACCUGCUGCAGAGCUUUCUGAAACCCAUAUCCACAUCAGUCCCCCUCUCAAGCCUUAGUGUACAGUAUCAUCAGCAAGUGUAUGCAGUAAGUUUAAAUCAGGAUUAAAACAGGCAUGGAUUUCAAAAUUUACAGAUAAUUUUAAGGGAAUUUUUAAUAUUCAAACCAGAAAAUAAGAUUGUUGCAACUGAAAUCACCUGAGGACACACGUCUCCUCUUUGAAAGAAUGUAUGUGAUAUAAUUUUAAGGGACACUGUUGUGUAGGGACUGUAAUGUAGUCUAAAAUUCAAAGUUCGUCAGUAUUUCAAUCAGGAGGGUGUGUGUGUAACUAAAUAAUAUACGUUUUAUCUGGGCAGUGUUAUGUAGGGACUUUCACAUAUAAAACAAUCACAAGUUUUAUAUCAAUGUUAGAAUCAGUAGGGUGUAUGUGUAUCUGAAUGUGAUGUGGUUUAAAGGGACACUGUUUUGUAGGGACUUUCACAGAGAGUACAUUUUAAAGUCUUGAGUCAGUGUAAGAAUCAGUUGAGUGUAUGUGUAUGUCAAUUUGAUAUGGUUUAAAGGGACACUGUUAUGUAGGGACUUUCACACAGAGUACAAUCACAAAUCUUGAGUCAGUGUAAGAAUCAGUUGAGUGUAUGUGUAUCUGAAUGUGAUAUGGUUUAAAGGGACACUGUUUUGUAGGGACUUUCACACAGAGUACAAUGUCAAGAUUUUAAGUCAGUGUAAGAAUCAGUUGAGUGUAUGUGUAUCUGAAUGUGAUAUGGUUUAAAGGGACACUGUUAUGUAGGGACUUUCACACAGAGUACAAUCACAAGUCUUGAGUCAGUGUUUGAAUCAGUUGAGUGUAUGUGUAUGUCAAUGUGAUAUGGUUUAAAAGGACACUGUUAUGUAGGGACUUUCACACAGAGUACAAUGUCAAGUUUUUAAGUCAGUGUAAGAAUCAUUCGGGUGUAUGUGUUACUUAAUGAUAUAUGGUUAAUCUGGGCAGUGUUAGGGACUUUCACAGAGAGUACAAUGUCAAGUUUCUAGGCAGUGCAAGAAUCAGCAGUGAAAUGGUCUAAAUUUAUAAAAUACAGUAUGAACAGAUGUGUGUGUGCAAUAACAAAAAAGCCUUCUAAAAAUCUGUGAGUCAGUGUAAGUAUAUAAAAGCUGCAACUGUUAACAAAUGUUAGCUCGUCUAUCUGUUAAGUUUAUAUAUGGACAUUUCAUUCAGUGUACUUAGAAGCUCAGGUAACUGUGCUCAUAAGUUAUCAAAAGCUGUAUUCCCUGAUAACCAGAAAUGCAGAGGAUUAGUUUUCAUACUAUACAAUUUUGGACAUUUGCCUGAAUAAAUGGACUAAAAUUGAAAUCUUUUUUUUUUCAAUGUACAACUCAGAAAUCCAUUUAAAAGGGCUUUAACAUCAUGGUCCAUAGAAAGAUUCUGAUAUAUAUAUUAAAAUCCCCUCCUUUUUUUCUGAUUAGAGCCCUGAUAAGGACAAGCCUCACAAGUUGUCUGAAGUUACAGAUCUAGAGUCUACAGCUGCAGGAGCUAAAGAGGUAAACUGUUGUAAUUUUUUAUUUUUUUAAAUCGUAACAGUAUGAUUGCUUUUUUCAAAAGAACAAGUUUCCAUUCUGACUUGCCUUUGUUUGUAUUUGUUAAUUAAUUUGAUCUAGAUGUUGAUGCAGGAGACUGAGAGCAACUUGACUCCAAUAUCACUGAGCUUCCCAAACCAGACCCUGAAAAGUCCUGCAAUGGCUCCCCUCAAUCAACAUGAGGAGGUGAGAUUAAACCUGCUGCAGAGCUUUCUGAAACCCAUAUCCACAUCAGUCCCCCUCUCAAGCCUUAGUGUACAGUGUCAUCAGCAAGUGUAUGCAAUAAGUUUAAAUCAGGAUUAAAACAGGCAUGGAUUUCAAAAUUUACAGAUAAUUUUGAGGGAAUUUUUAAUAUUCAAACCAGAAAAUAAGAUUGUUGCAACUGAAAUCACCUGAGGACACACAUAAUCUUUUUGAAAGAUUGUAUGUGAUAUAAUUUUAAGGGACACUGUUAUGUAGGGACUGUAAUGUAGUUUAGAAUUCAAAGUUCGUCAGUAUUUGAAUCAGGAGGGUGUGUGUGUAACUUAAUUAUAUACGUUUUAUCUGGGCAGUGUUAUGUAGGGACUUUCACAUAUAAAACAAUCACAAGUUUUAUAUCAAUGUUAGAAUCAGUUGAGUGUAUGUGUAUCUCAAUUUGAUAUGAUUUAAAGGGACACUGUUAUGUAGGGACUUUCACACAGAGUACAAUCACAAAUCUUGAGUCAGUGUAAGAAUCAGUUGAGUGUAUGUGUAUCUCAAUGUGAUGUGGUUUAAAGGGACACUGUUAUGUAGGGACUUUCACACAGAGUACAAUGUCAAGUUUUUAAGUCAGUGUAAGAAUCAGUUGAGUGUAUGUGUAUCUCAAUUUGAUAUGGUUUAAAGGGACACUGUUAUGUAGGGACUUUCACACAGAGUACAAUGUCAAGUUUUUAAGUCAGUGUAAGAAUCAGUUGAGUGUAUGUGUAUCUCAAUAUGAUAUGGUUUAAAAGGACACUGUUAUGUAGGGACUUUCACACAGAGUACAAUCACAAGUCUUGAGUCAGUGUAAGAAUCAGUCGGUUGUAUGUGUUACUUAAUGAUAUAUGGUUUAUCUGGGCAGUGUUAGGGACUUUCAGAGAGAGUACAAUGUCAUGUUUCUAGGCAGUGCAAGAAUCAGUGUGGUUAUUGUCUAAAUCUAUAAAAUAAAGUAUGAACAGAUGUUGGUGUGCAAUAACAAAAAAGCCUUCUAAAAAUCUGUGAGUCAGUGUAAGUAUAUAAAAGCUGCAACUGUUAACAAAUGUUAGCUCGUCUAUCUGUUAAGUUUAUAUAUGGACAUUUCAUUCAGUGUACUUAGAAGCUCAGGUAACUGUGCUCAUAAGUUAUCAAAAGCUGUAUUCCCUGAUAACCAGAAAUGCAGAGGAUUAGUUUUCAUACUAUACAAUUUUGGACAUUUGCCUGAAUAAAUGGACUAAAAUUGAAAUCUUUUUUUUUUCAAUGUACAACUCAGAAAUCCAUUUAAAAGGGCUUUAACAUCAUGGUCCAUAGAAAGAUUCUGAUAUAUAUAUUAAAAUCCCCUCCUUUUUUUCUGAUUAGAGCCCUGAUAAGGACAAGCCUCACAAGUUGUCUGAAGUUACAGAUCUAGAGUCUACAGCUGCAGGAGCUAAAGAGGUAAACUGUUGUAAUUUUUUAUUUUUUUAAAUCGUAACAGUAUGAUUGCUUUUUUCAAAAGAACAAGUUUCCAUUCUGACUUGCCUUUGUUUGUAUUUGUUAAUUAAUUUGAUCUAGAUAUUGAUGCAGGAGACUGAGAGCAACUUGACUCCAAUAUCACUGAGCUUCCCAAACCAGACCCUGAAAAGUCCUUCAAUGGCUCCCCUCAAUCAACAUGAGGAGGUGAGAUUAAACCUGCUGCAGAGCUUUCUGAAACCCAUAUCCACAUCAGUCCCCCUCUCAAGCCUUAGUGUACAGUAUCAUCAGCAAGUGUAUGCAAUAAGUUUAAAUCAGGAUUAAAACAGGCAUGGAUUUCAAAAUUUACAGAUAAUUUUAAGGGAAUUUUUAAUAUUCAAACCAGAAAAUAAGAUUGUUGCAACUAAAAUCACCUGAGGACACACAUAAUCUUUUUGAAAGAUUGUUAAACUCAUAAGAUUGUCCACUUUCUUUGAAUUCUGAACAAAAACUUCAUGAGGGCAAGACUCAAGAAGUGUCUGAGGCCACAGAUGCAGAUUUGGAAGAAUCUGCAACUGUGGACUUAGAUCAGUGUACUUAGAUCUAAUUAUCUUUUAUAGAGCAACUGAAUGGAUAAUUUUUUUUUUCUUCUUUGGUAGGUGAUCCUUGAGACACCACAAAAUCAGUUGGCUGGUCUAGGUCAAACGGAUAUGCAGGUCAAUAGUAUAAAGGUAAACUGCACUUUGAAAUUUAAAGGAUUUUCUCUGAAAACCAGGUUUAUUUUACCUAUGUGUAAAUAAUAAAUACCUGCAUUUGUAUUAUGGCAGAAUUAAAAUGCUAUAAUUACAUUUUGUCAACAGUGUAAAAAACAUCAACUGGUGUCUGCAAACGUUUCCACAUUGGAAAAAUGCAUACAGUGUGUUGGACCAGUGUCCUCUUUAAGGUGGACUGGCUAUCAGUGUCGAGGUGAGCUAUUUGGUGAAGUCUUAUACAUUGUUUCAAAAGCUAAUUAUUAUACAUGUCAAGGGAAAAAAUGAAAUUACAGGGGCUAGAGAGAGAGCAAAAAUGUAGUUAUAUAUGUGAAUAAAAGGGCAAUCCUAUUUUCUCUUAAUAAGGUACUUAAAUUUAUAUUUUGUUUUCAAAUCCAAAUUUUCUCUCACUUUAACCUCACUUGGUUCAGCUCUCUUACAGCAGCUCUAAAACCAUCACAACCAUCACGCUGCUUAAGGAUCAUACCAACACUGUUUUUAUUGUUAUGUAUUUAUUGUAGAUUUACAAUGAAAUAUAUGAACCAGUCCUGUUAUAGGGCUAUUGUACAUGCACAUUGUGAUUGAGGUAGUUUAACAUUGCAUGGUGCAAUUGUACAUUUGUCAACAAUAAUAAAACCUGACUUAAGUAUAAUGUUGAUUAGGGAAAGGUUAUUGCUUUUUGCUGCACACCAGAUCGAUGCAGUAUUUUGAUAAGACUACAACUAAAUGAAUGCACUUGAAAUAUGUUACAGUUUGUUCUGGAGUCUGGCAUAAAUCCUGCCUCAGAAGAAUUACUGAUGGUGAUCUCCAUGGCCUGUUAGAGGUAAGCAUUCCCACUACCGUAAAAUUGACAGUGUUCUUGACAUUCUAGACUGAUUUUCUCUCUCACUUUUUCAGUAUUCUGGGAAAGAACUGCUUGCAGAUGAGAACAGCAGUUCUGAAGACAGCCUGUCUGAUAAGGACUACAUACCAGACUCAGAGUCACUGGAAGAGGACCAUGAUGAUUCAGACGCAAGCUUACCUUUAGCAGAGAAUCCGAAGAAAGCUGUACAGCAAAAAAAAAAGCCAGUACUACCUGAUAUUCUGGCAUCAUGUGCUUUAGACUUAAGCUCUAUGGCUGUCCAGAAUACACCACACAGUUAUCAGCCUUAUAAUGAUGAUGUUGCUGAAGAACUGGAUUCAGUCAAGUCUGUCAAAGACUCAUCAAAGGAUAAGACGGAGGGCGGAGCUGAGUUUGACAACCAAGAAGUACCCCAUCUGACCAUGAGCAUCAAAAACUAUUGUUUCAUAUGUGGGAAACCACAAAGCAAAAUUUCCCGGCACUUAAGAACUCAUAAGGCACAUCCUGAAAUUGUCCACGCCUUUUCCCUGCCUGAGGACUCAAAAAAGCGAAAGAUUCUAGUGGAAAGGAUGAGGAAUAAGGGCAAUUUCAGACACAACACUACAGUUUUACAGAGUGGGACUGGAGUUCUAAAGGCAAAGAGAGCACCAAAGGCUAAAGCACAGACAGGACACUUCAUUCACUGUAUGUAUUGUCAAGGGAUGUACAUUCGUAAAGAAUUGUGGAGACAUGUCCGCAGGUGCCCCUUUAAGCCAGAAAAUGAAGACACCGAAAAGGAACCUGGGAGAACUAAAGUGCUGAGUUUGGCUGCAGCCCAAGAGACGGCAUUCUCUCAGCAUAUCUCUAGUGGAGUGUGGAAGCUUCUAGGUAGCAUGAAAGAGGAUGAAGUUGCUUCAACAGUGCGAAAUGAUCUCACUAUCAUUCAGCUUGCCCAGUCGCUCUUUAACAAACACGGACAAGACCCAACAAAAUUUGAAUACAUGCGACAGAAACUGCGAGAGGUGGGUCGUUUGUUGUUAUGUCUCCGCACAGAUUUUUCCAUACAUAACCUUGAGGAAGCUGUAAAACCUUCCAACUUCCAAAGAGUGGUGCAAGCUGUCAAAAAAGUUUCAGGUUUUGAUGAGGAAAAACACUUGUAUUUGACACCAAGUCUUGCAUUGAAACUUGGACACACACUGCACAAAAUCUGUGACAUUAUUCAUUGUAGGGCACUUAUGGCAGAGGAUGAAGAGCUGAUUAGGUCCACCGAUGUGUUCAAGAAGUUGUACACCUCCAAAUGGUCUGAGUUGGUGUCUCACAGUGCCCUGAACACACUGAGUGAUGCAAAAUACAACAAGCCAUUAUCAUUACCCUUUACAGAAGAUGUCCAGAACCUUCAUCGGCACCUUGAAAAAUCUGUAGAAAGUGCGUCUUGCAGUUUGACGGAAAAGCCCACACCUCAGAACUAUGCUCAGCUUGCAAAAGCUACACUUGCACAAAUCAUUGUGUUUAAUCGUAGGCGUGCUGGGGAGGUUUCCAAGAUGCGUCUGAGAAGUUUUCAGGAAAGAGACAACACAAAACUCCAUGAGGAUGUUGCAAAGGGACUGUCACGGACUGAACAGCGGCUCUGCAACCAUUUUAGUCGAGUUGAAAUUAUGGGGAAAAGGGGCAGAAAGGUUGCUGUUCUGCUCACACCAAGCAUGGUGGAUGCCCUCUCAUUACUAGCUAGCACCAGAACUGAGUGUGGUGUUAACACUGCAAAUGUCUUCCUGUUUGCAAGACCAAAAUCACUGAGCCACUACAGAGGACAGGAAUGUCUACGGGUCCAUGCAGAGCAGUGUGGAGCAAAGCACCCAGAACACUUGAGGUCAACUCAGCUCAGAAAGCAUGUUGCCACUCUCUCUCAAGUUCUCAAUUUAAAAAACAACGAACUUGAUCAAGUUGCUGAUUUCCUGGGUCAUGACAUUCGUGUACAUCGAGACUUCUACAGAUUACCAGUUCCCACAACACAACUGGCUAAAAUCUCCAAGCUGCUCCUGACCAUGGAAAAAGGCCACCUGUCCAGCAUACAGGGGAAGUCACUGGACGAGAUAGAACUUGACGGUUUGUAAAGGAAAUACAAUUUUUGUUUUUUUUUUUGUUUUUAUGUGUUUCCCUUUUCUUUUUUUUUUUUUUUUUUUUUGAAGGUAUCUUUACAUAUCAGAAGACAAAUGUUUGGAUAUAUAUGUGUAGGCCCACUUAACACCAUUGAUUUUUCAAGCUUAAGAAGGGUUUUAAAUUGUGUGGUACUCAUGUGAGUUUUAUUGAUACUACCAGAUGAAAUACAGUUAAGCGAUGGUGAGGCCAGGGAUAGUGGCAGUGAAAGUGACAACAGUGGCAGAGAAGAGGCAGGCUUGGAGUGUGGUACAAGCAAGCCCCGUGAUCCUGUUCCAGAGUCUACGGUGACAGAGCAGGUCCAUGACACUGGAGAUUUGGGUGGGUUUCUCUAUUUGAUUGUGUUUCAAAUUAUUCAAACCUCUAUUUCUGUAGAAAGAAAAACUCACUUUUGUUGAAUUAUGUUUCCAGCAGAAACAGGAUCAGUGUCUUCCACAGUAAAUGAGACUGCCCUUCCUUCUGAGGGUAAGCAAAGUCUUAUUGUAAAGCCUAAUCCCAAGUUUCCAUAGCGUUCAUCCUUAGUCAUUGCAAAUGUUUUAUAACAGAAACAAGUAUUGAUCCAUUUUCUUCUUUACUUCAUUAUGUAAGAUAUAUCAUUUCAUAUCUUUUAGGAGACACUGCUGUUCAAGAGCGUGGUCCCAGAAGACUGACCAAGAAACCCUGGUCAAAGGCUGAGGUUGCAGCAGUAAUGCGGCAUUUCAGAAAACACAUAAGCAAAGGGAAGCUGGCGACCAAAAACGAAUGCAGUCACUGUAAGGAGGUAGAAGACCCGGUGUUGGCAGGUAGAACAGUACAAAACAUUAGGGACUUUGUUAGAAACAGAGGGACAGCAAUGAAGAGGCAGUCACAGAAAGGCAGGCUGUAA